GAUAGGGGUUUUUAAGUAUAAGUUAAGGGCAAACAAGAUCUGGGGGUCCCAGGUAUAUUUGGGGUGUCAUCUGAAAGCAAGAAUUUCUAGUAGCCCUGGAGAAGUCGGGCCUUACUACAGUUAGUCCUCACAUCAGCUCUAUGAGCCCCCACUCCCCUCAGGAACCCAAGGUUCUGGCCCUCCUCCCAAAUCCCAGCCACCCCUUCCCCCAUCAGUGUCUCACCGGCCCGGGAUGGAGGCUGAAAGACCCCAAGAAGAGGAUGGUGAGCAGGGACCUUCACAAGAUGAGCAAGGCUGGCCCCCUGUGAACACCACUCGGCCUUGGCGAUCUGCUCCUCCGUCCCCUCCUCCUCCAGGGACCCGCCUCACAGCCCUGGGACCCCGCUCGGCCUCCCUGCUCUCGGUGCAGACUGAGCUCCUUCUGGACCUCGUGGCUGAGGCCCAGUCCCGCCGACUAGAGGAGCAGAGGGCCACCUUCCACACCCCCCAGGUCCCCUAUAGCAUAGCCCCAGCCCAGCCCCAGCUUCUUGAAGACAAGGAACAGCUCUACAGCACCAUCCUUAGUCACCAGUGUCAGCGGAUGGAAGCCCAGCGGUCAGAGCCCCCCUUACCCCCAGGGGGACAGGAGCUCCUGGAGUUGCUGCUGCGAGUUCAGGGUGGGGGUCGGAUGGAAGAGCAAAGAUCCCGGCCCCCUACACACACCUGCUGAGACUUGAGCCCCCCCUCCUUCCUGGGGCUCAGAGUUGGGCCACCCCCCUGCUGGCCUUCAUUCAACCCUGCUUGGCCUUGAGGGUACCAGAGACUGAAGAUGUGGCCUAAAUGGCAUUAUUAACCACCCUCAGUAACUUCCCUGGGGACUGAAGUGGGUCCAAGUACUCAGACCUUGGGAAUAAGCAAGGUAGAGUGGUCACUUAAACCCCCUGAAGCAGUUAAGACUCUAUCCAGAGCUGUCAGGCUACAAAGAGUGUAAAGCCUUUAAUUGCAGCAUUCAGGGAGACAGAGGCAGGGGGAUCUCUGUGAGUUCAAGGCCAGCCUGGUCUACAUAGUUCCAGGCCAGGUGGGGCUACAGGGAGAUCUGGUCUCAAAAAGACCAAGGAAAAAAGUGUAAAGGGCUGAGGCCUGCCCCUCCAAAGAAAAGGCGAAUGCCCCACAGGUUAAGACCUGACACCCUACAUUCCUUCCCAGUAAGAAAGUAGGGAGACCUUAGGACCCCUACCCAACCCCAGCACCCCCAGCCCCAAGGCUGUGGGGCCCAGCGGCUCUGAAGGGACCUUUAGCCCGCCCUCCGCAGUGCUGCUCUGAGUCUGUCUGAUGUUUGUGGUAUGAAUAAAUCUAAUUGCCCUCUGUA